UGUGCUCUCCAAUAUUUUCCUAAGCUGUGGAAUCCUGGAGCUUAUUGAAUAGUGUAUGUAUUAUUAUGGGGUGUUGUUUUGUUGAGCAAAGUUUUUGACCGAGAGAACAUGAGAACGGAGAGGCUACAGCAAGAGCUUAUUAGUUCAAUGUCAGCUGGGCACAAUGCGGAUGGUGAUAGUGGCGGCAGCCGUGAUGGUGGCGGCCUCCGUGAUAUCAGCAGACUCACACACGUCUCAGUCUACAGUUGUAAAAGUCAACUACAACAAUAUAUUCCUUCUCCUCGCCCUUAAGGCGGUGGCUGUGGUGGUGGUCCUGGCUCUGAGCGGAGGAGUGGGAUACGGACGAGCCUUGGAUGGCGGCAAUGGGUUCCCAUGGGUGAGCAGAGAUGAUCUAAUGUUCCUCACAGCCUUCAUCCUGAGUAACGAAGAGCAAGGCCAUCAGUGCAUCAGUCGCGUGGCCUGUCUGCACCCAGCCCUGGCGAGGCAGCUGGCAACUGCUGCAGUGAUCCUCAGCCCAUGGGAAAAUGACUGGCUGGGGCAAGUUCAUACAGCCAGAAAUCAACUGGAACAAGGUAUCCUUACCCACUCCCUUGACUCAGCUGCAUGUCGCCAGCAGCACAUCUGCCCCCAGCUGCCAUACCUCUAGCACUUCUGGAUAGUCUCAUUGUCAUAUAGCCCAUCACACUUUAUUUAUAUAUAAUGCCAACAAAUACAUCACAGGGAAAAUGAAACUGUAAAUAUAUAGUUUAUGUGUAAUAUUUACACCUGCCAGUGGACACAGUAAGAAUAUAUUUUACAUUAACUAAUCACAAGUAUGUAAGAAUGAGUCAAUUUGUCCUUCAAUAGUACAUAAAUUAUGACUAUCUAUGCAUAUUAAAGAAACUCCACAAUGUUGUUCAGAAGUGACCGUUGUCAGCUGUUGGCUGGGGAAGACGAUCAGGAGACAUCUCCACUUCCAAAUCAAAGUAACUCAACUUGUUGUAGGAGUAAUACUCAGUGUUGGGGUAUGAUCCAGUUUUGUCUGCCCCUGGACCCACAGCUGCAAAUAAAGGACAAUAAAUUA